AUGAUAUGUGUGAUUAAUGAUCAUUUGGAAGCAAUAUAAUAUUUAGACCAAGCUUUAAAAAUCAAUCCAUAACAUUACUUAUCAUUAUGGGUAAAAGGUAAAUUUAAUUAUAUAUCAAGGAGAUUGCCUCAUGAUGUGA